AGUGUGGGAUGGUAGUUUAAACAACAAAGCAUGAUAUUUUGUGUGUUCUUUAAGAUAUAAUAUGGUAGGAGAAUAUGGGACACCUUUUCAUUCUAUUUUCUCGUUCCGUUUGGUAGAAAACAAAGAACAUUCAAAGACCGUAUGCUCACGACCGUUGUAAAUUGUUUAAAACACGACCAGAUAUACGAAUAGUGUGGGUUUAAUAAGGUGUCCCAUCUUCCCCCACUCUACUAUACUACGAUACGCUAUAGAGCAGGAAUUGUUUCGGCGCCGUGGCACAAUGGUUAGCGCUUGCCUCUAUCCUACAGGGUUUGGGUUCAAGACUCGUCGCUGCUACCAUUGCGGGUAUAUUUGUCCUAACGUAAGACACUUAAGGGAAAUUGCUCGAGUCCAAUUGUCAGCCAUACGAAAGGCAAAAAAUAAAAAAUUUAAAAAAAAGAAUUUUCGAGGAAGUAAUCGUAACUUUAUUUGAGUGACAUUACGCUGGUUUUUAUUCUUACGUGCUAAAGCGGGACCGAGGUCAAAGUGUAUAUAAAACAGGACACCCAGGUUAUAAAGAAUGUCGUUGCCCUACCCCAUUCUAGAAGUGCUUCUCGCAUUAUUUAGGGCGUACAGUUUGAGUCCAAAGGAUAUAAAAGUUACUGUUAUUUACGAUCGAAAUAUUUUAUUUAAAUGAUAUUCGCUCAAAUCUACGAAUUUUCCCCAAAAUCGUUUAGAAAUUUAAGUGCUUCUGAAACAUAGGCUAUGGCUAUGGCACAGAAAAAAUGACGUUGCUAUAAACAAAUCACGUAAAUAAACGCUAUAAAUAAAAACACUGUCCUCAUUUUAUGCCGACACACGGUCGAGGAAUGGCAGUUGGUAUGUCUCGGAAAGUGUUUAGGUGCUACGUGUGUAAAUAAUCAAAGUCAUUUUUUGGUACUAUAGUGAUAUAACGAUUUACCGUUGGUAUAACAGUUAUCUAAAACUUUUUAAUAGUAUUUGUUUUGUUGCGUAAUGCAUUACAAGACUUACAUGUCACUGUAUGCAUUGCAGUCUUUAUGCGUUUCGUUUGUUUUCAUUUGUCUAAAUAAACAGCGAAACGGACGGAAAUGAAAGAAAAGGCGAUAGUAUACGUUUACGAAUAAAUGGGUUGAAAAAAUGGAACACCAGCGUAACGUCACUCAUGAUUUUUAACGGAAGUUUUAAAUCGGAGGUAUAUAGUCUAACAGGUGUGGCUUGCUUUGUACUGUUAACCAAGAAAUCAGAUUUUUAAGCCGACCUAAUUUGCUUGUUAAAUAAAACGAAUCGCAAAGCGUGCGGUUUAACAGGCUAAAAAAGUAUUUAGUAAAUUUUACUGCGAAAGUGCAUUAAGCGUAAUCUAGAGCGGCCUAAGAUAAGAUAACGAAAACGAUAUUAACCAGGAACUACGAGGUAAUUGGUAGUGAUUAGCAUAUUGAAUAUAACUGCAGCAGUAUAAAAAUAAUAAAGAUUUUUACAGCAAAAAGUUUAGAUUUUGUUGGUGUGUUCUAUUAUGCUAGUGCUAUUAUGCUAAGUGAAACUCUACUGAAAUAAAGAAGAUUUAAAUAAAAGUACUUACACCGUUGGACGUACAGGAAGGUGCUUUUAGGAAGACCAGUGAUGCUGGGUCUGUUAUUGUUUGUUUUGUCGGUUGUCGUUCCAGUCUCCAACACACAAAGUACAGCAUGUGCUGGCACAACGUUACCUACUGGAGAAUUGACGCCUGCCAAUUUGUUUACUUUUACUGAUAUGCGAGUCGCAUGCUCUGCGAGUGGAAUAACAGUUCGACUCAAGAACUGUCCGCUUGAGGCUCUCGGUCAUAAUGCAACGAAAACUUUGGCGGUUGCCAACUCGGACAUACCAACUGUCGUUGCAAGCAGUAUUGCUGAAAACUGUAAACCUGUGUUAGGUGCAAGUACCGUCUACGCUGGACUGGACGCGAUUUUUACAAUCAAUAUAUCGGACUGCAACCCCAUUACCACGAUAAACACGACACACCAAAUCUACAACUACGCAGUACGGAACUAUCUGAACCCAGACGUCGAGAGUUUCGGUCGUGCAUUUGACAUAAACUUUGAAUUCAGUUGCAUAUAUGUACUUAAUAUUCGAGUAUCGUUGGGUCUUGGAGCUGGUGCACAAAUAUCAACUUCCCGUUCACUGUCCCUGUCAUCAAUCACCGCUGAGUUAGAUGUGGCGAUGGGUCUUUUCUCCGAUGCUGGUUUCUCCAACCCAGUGUCUACCAAUCUACCACUCACUGUACCAACUUCUAUAUACGUUGGUGCCACACUGACCGACGCCGGUGCAACUUAUUUGGUUCUGCAGGCAACAGUAUGCUGGGCGACUCCAUCUACAGAUCCAUACGAUUCGUCACAAUACCCUAUACUUGACUCUGGGUGUCCAUACGUUGACCCAGCGAACCCAAAUGCCAUUGAAUUGUACGAAAACUAUUAUUCGUCCCAAGCUAAGUUCUCGUUUAAAUCUUUCCUGUGGUCAGGUCUCCCUGCUAUGAGCCAAGUUAUUUACGUUCACUGUCGUAUCGCUGUAUGCGACACUGUUCUUAGCAACACAUGCAAAACUAAGAACUGCUUUGGAACAGCUGAAAUAUCGGGUAGAAAAAGGCGAAGAUCGGGUACGGGUAUUUCCCCACACGUCAUAUCACUUGGUCCAAUAUCAAUCGACGGUUCAAGAACGGCUUGUGCUCGCGCGAAUGGAGGAUGUAAACAUCUUUGUAGCGUUGAUAUAUUCGGGACAAGAACAUGCUCGUGUCGGGCAGGAUAUUACCUUGGUAUUGAUGGGAUGUCGUGUGAACUUCUGGCUGAUGAGGACUGGGAGUUAAUGAAAAUGGGCGAAGAAAAUAUAACACCCGACGACGCUUUGCCAGCAGAAAUAGCAGUUCUGUUCAUUGCGAUUGUUCUUUUGCUUGCUUCCCUUGUCAGUUUUUACGUAUUACCGAAACGAUGGCAACGACAACGACGGGCAAGAACAAGGGACUAGCUUAAACUAUUUAAACACUUAUUUAGUAAAGGAAUUUCUAGAGUGUUAUAUAUUACAUAUAUUAGAUUCGCUUCGUAUACAAUGUAAAAGCACAGGUAAAAUUAAUCAUCAGUUUACACACCUAGGCGUACAUCCGUUUACCACUGCUUAUAGAUAACAGCAUGCCCUUAUUUUUUUGCGCUCUGCAAAUUUACGUUGUGGUUGGUUUAGAUAACUUAGUUGUUUACAUAUAUAUUAAAUAUCUCUUUGUUCAUAUGUAUAUAUACUAUAUUAAAGUUUUACUCAGU